AUGGAACAGAAUAUCCCGGGAAAUUAUGUGGUGUUUCAAUUUCUCGGUGAUGUACAACAAUCGUAUCGUUUGUAUUGUUUUUCAACAAACCAAAAUGGUAAAGAAUUUGUUUAUCAGGCUCAUGUUCAGCGUAUACAUCAAGGAAAGCGAUUUGUAAAUGACAUUUGUUCUAUGGCUGGCUUCAUUGCUGAAUGUCGUGUUGCAAAUCAAUUUUUACCCUUUAUACGAAUAAGCACAAAACAUAAUGUGGAAGAAUCACUUAAAAUACCGAUUGAAAGAAUAUCAAAGAAGAAGCGACACAAAUUGGUUGUUUGCAUGGCGCCGACAUAUGCGCUUAUGGAAUGGCGCAUAUUACUGCUUGGCAUUGAAGUGUGGCUUGCACUCGGGCUAGUCAUUUUACGUCAUUGGCCUAAAUGGCCUAUAUUAUCUGAUAAAAAUCCAAAUGGUUUAGUUUUAUCAAGAGGAAUUGAAGAAUCACAUGUGAAUUGUUUGUUUUUUGCUAAGCCGUGGGCUGAAAUGGUAGUAUUCACAGAUUUGGAUGAUAUUUUAAUCCCAACAGAACCUAUGAAAAUUUAUUCAAAUGUGAAUAUUGAUAUAUUACAGGAUCUUGCAAAUGAGCAUCCACAAGCCGGUUCUUUCCUCUUCGAACAUCAUGACGUACGAAUGGUAUUGCCUGAAGAUGAUGAAUUAUUGCAGUUGGAUAACUUCAAUUUCAAUUUCCUGAUUAACGCAGAUAGGAAAAAGGAAUGUACAGUAUGGCGUAUGAAAACACGUGUCGUCGUGAAUGCAAGUCGUGUGGAUACUAUCAAUAUGCAUGAAAGUGGAAUUAAUCGUCUCGGUUACGUACAAGUGCGAAUUCCAUGUCAUCGGGCACAUUUCUACCAUAUGCGCCAUUCGUUUCAUGAACAAUCAACAGGACAACCUUUAAAUAUGAACAAUUUGGUACGAUUGCUUAAUAGGAAUUUCCGAGAGCGGCUCCAAACAACACUUCGAAUGAUUGCGAAACAGCGAAUGAACGGCUCUUUGACUGAAACGUUGAAUGAUUUUGAUAAAUGCGUGAUUGAAAUUAAUAAGGAGCAUUUCAAGUUAAAAGUAUCACGUUGCAUGACUCCUCACGUCUGUUACCUCAAAUUGAAGAGCGAAGCUGACUGCAUAGCUUCGGUUGGAAGUUACGAAUUUGCGCAUGCAUCCGGCGAUUUCAUUCUUCGGUUGAUUGAUGCUCGAUUUAGUGACAGUGACGAGAAUUGUGAUGCACCAAUUUCAAAAAUUGUUAAAGGCAAUCAUUUUUAUGCUCCGUGA